CGGGGCGGGUGUGGGCGCCCGCGGCGGCGGCAGAGCCCGGCGCCGGGCGUGCGGGGAUGGGGGUCACGGUGGACGUGCGCCAGGUGUACAAGUACCCCUUCGAGCAGGUGGUCGCCAGCUUCCUCCGCAAGAAGAAGAUUAGGUACGACAUGAAGCAGAAUGGUGCAAACGGAAAGAGCACGGGCUCUGACAUCAGACGGGGGGACGGAGCGCUUCUAGCUGUUAUCCCAACCCCAUGGAUAAAAAUGUCAUCUCUGUAAAAACCGUGGAGGAAAAAAGAGAUGUGUCAACAGGGAUCAUCUAUAGAAAGAGGAUUGCAGUCUGUCAGAAUGUGGUUCCAGAAAUUUUAAGGAAGGUGAGCAUUUUAAAGGUCCCUAAUAUCCAAUUGGAAGAGGAAUCCUGGUUCAAUCCUCAGGAAAGGAACAUGGCUAUACGGAGUCACUGCCUUACGUGGACACAAUAUGCAUCCAUGAAGGAAGAGUCUGUCUUCCGGGAAAGUAUGGAAAAUCCAAAUUGGACGGAGUUUAUUCAGAGAGGCAGGAUUUCAAUUACAGGGGCUGGCUUUCUCAACUGCAUUCUGGAAACUUUCGCCAGCACGUUCUUAAGACAGGGUGCCCAGAAGGGAAUUAGAAUAAUGGAGAUGCUGCUGAAGGAGCAGUGUGGUGCCCCGUUAGCCGAAUAAAGAAUCAUCAGGGACCUGUGUAGUGCUACCUUUGCUCGAGAAUCACUUCUUGGCCAGAACCCAUCACUGAUGCAGUUUUCCAAAAACAGGCUUAAGGAAACAGUGUCAGCAGCUUAAAGAAGAGGAGACCUUCCUGCCAGGGUGUGAAGCUCUUGGACUGGAGACCUUCUAGGUGGAUUUUUAUGGCACAGUGUCUUUAUGAUUUACAAAUAAAGGAAAAAACCCAUAGAA